GAUAUUGGAAAAAUGACAAUUAAACUUUUUUUAAAUGUUGAUAAACUUAAAGAUAUCUUUAGAAACAAUAGAGCUAUUUUAAAAUAUGUUACUGAGGUGAGCGCAGAAAUAAUAAAACCUGAUAAGAUGUUGUAUAUCAAUGGAACUCGAUCUACAAUGGAAAUUGUGACAUUAUUUUACAAUAUCCCAAAAAUGGAAAAGUUACAGCCAUGGAUUGUUCUUAUCUCUAUUUUAAUAGGAAUAUUAUUAUUAUUUAUUUUUGCUGCGAUUUUAGGAACGUUGGGUUUCUUUAAACGAAAAAAAAAACAAACUUUAACAAAUCAGGAAUGUAAUGAAGUGAUAGGAAAUGAAACUGCGAUUACAAUUAACCCUGAAAACACGUGAUAUAACGA